AUGCCCCCAAAAGCCAAACCAAUCUGCAUGUACGAGAACUGCGAUGCGCCGGCUGUCCGAGUGUGCAUCGCUCGCUGCGGCCGCAUCCUCUGCGACGCGCACGGGUCCCUGAUAGACCCGGGGUACGUGGACGACGCCGGCGGGAAGUGGUACCAGGCGUGCAACGCGUGCGACGCCGCCGUGUGCCAGCACUGCGGCGGUGGCGAAGGCCUCGGCAUCCCGUGCUCCUACUCACUGAUCAACGGCAACAACAAGUGCGAAGGCUGCGCGCGGAACAAGAGGCCCGCGAAGAAGAAGCCCAAGAAGGCCCCGAAGAAGAAGGCCCCGAAGAAGGCCCCGAAGAAAGACCCCAAGAAGGAAAAAAGAAUUCCGGGUCACGGCAAGAACCUCGCGCCGAAGAAGACGCUCGAGAAGAAGUCCUCCGUCGCGUAG